CUGUCUGUUUGUUUUUAUUGCAUGCCGCUGCCGCUCUUUUUGGACUUAUUAUUUUUAAGGACGUUGUCAAAAAUAACUCAAAUAAUUAGAAAUGUCUUUCCCGCCUCAAACAGAACUCUUGCACAACCGCAUUCUCACUGUGCUUAGCUUUCCUUUGAUGGAGAGGUUACAAGAGCUCAGCAUAAUGUUUGAGCGCUGCACGGCGCGACAAAUACAGGAAAUAUAUCCGAUGAUAGUGCACUCUAUAUUUGGCAUAAAUGGGAAUGCGUUGGGCUGGGGUUUACGCACAACAACAAUCGAGAACGGGCCCCACUACUUUAAUGCACUUCAUCAGUUCUUUGGAGUGACCGGUCCUUUUAUGAAUAUCUGCCAUAGACUGCUCAAUGAAACUACAAAAUUUGCUAUUGAUAUUAGCUUGCUACCGGUAAAUGGAAAUGGCGAAAGCAAGUUCGUCAAUAUGCUUAACAAUCAGAGUUCGGCGUUCUACAGCGAUCUCAUCAACAUCGAUCCUUUCCAGCGUCAAGCGAACACGCUCUCGCUGAACGCCUUCGACUUCUACAUUUUACACUUCGUUUUGUAUGCUUUGCAACCUCUGCAUUGCAUAAAUCCGAUUGCCAUGCAAGUGCAUAAUGAACGCACCAAGACUGUCUAUCUACUAUUGGUAACCGAGUACUUGGACAACUUUUUGCCGUUGCACCCGGAUGUUCUCAUUCAGCCGGCCAAUUUCUGCAACACUGUUAAGGCUCCUCAACCGCUGCCCACUCCAUUGCUGCAGCCCCAGCGAAAGCCACGCUACCUAAGAAUACCCACAAAUUAUGGCAAUGGUAACAUAGGCACGAGUGGCUCAGGCGGUGGCAACACAUCACCACAAUCAGGUGGAAGUGCUGCCCGUGCUCUUUCCUGGCGUUCCGAGUCUGUCGUGCAUUUCUUCAUAGAUAUUUGGCUUCGCUAUGAUAUUGAGGCAGAACGUCACUUGCCUAGCAGCGAUUUUGUGCGUGGUGUCCGUGUCCUCAUCAAACAGAUCCAUUUCUUUGCCAAUGGAGUGCAUUUGGAUCACGGUUCGUUGUGUUUGCUGCGCAAGGUUUCCCUUACAAUGGUCAAGGCACGCAUUUAUGCCUUCCUCUGCAGUCUUAUUGAACGCUGGCCACUUGAUUGCUCGCUGGUGGUGGUGUUGGAGCUUUGGCUUAGUUAUAUCCAGCCUUGGCGUUACACGAUUGCUGCGGCGAACCACAGAGUAGGCGGCAUCAAUUAUGAACCACCCAUAUUGCCAUCAUUUGACAAUUUCAUCAUGGAAAAUAUAAUUGUUUACACUCACAUUUUUAUGCUGCUGUUGCCGCGGUUUGAACGACUGGACUACACAGUAUAUCGGAACGCACACAUGCUCUUCCGUCUGUCGAAGACUUUUGCUCAGCAAGAUUUGGGAGAUCGUCUGCAGAGAUUCGAGCAAGUCGGCAGUACGUUUGGCUUUGACUCACCACAGCGCCAAAUUAAACUAAUAAGCAACUCGCCCAACAGCAAUGUCUCUUGGAUUUCAUUGGGUGGUUCGCAAUCGCCCAAACUUUUUAGUAGAGAAAUGCACGCGCAAAUCGAGAAUUUCCUGUUCAUCAUUAGUAUGGCCCGUAAUACUGUGCUGCGUGAAAUAGGCACAAUUCGCAAUGAAAUUGCCAAGCGUCAGCGUUCAGAAGGUUUCAUUAAAAAUCUCUUGAGUAAACUGAUGGCCGCCCCCUCACAAGAAGAACUGACACUUAAGGAAAUUAGUCGCAUACCCGAGCUACUUCGCCAGGGCAUUAAUUCCUUUUGCAAUAUAUUUAAUGUGGAUCCUGGAAACUUGUCCAUGCACGAAUCGCUGCCACCAGAACCCCCCAGUCCGCAGGAACAAACGGAGCAGUUUUCCUUUUUCGAUAUGAGCGACUCUCUGGAUACAUCCAAAUUGACGCCUAGUAAAAUGGCUCUGAAUGCGUCGAAGAUUCGAGCUACUGUGGAUCCUGCUCUUCUGCCUCUCCAAUCCAACGAAAUAAGGCCAUUGACACAUCUUCUUCACUUUGUAUCGGAGAACAUUAAUGCAAAGUUUGGCAGCAGUAUUGAAAGCUGCUAUUCCCGCGAAGAUUUCUGUGGCAAAGUCGCGCGUCAACUGUUAUGCGCUCCCAUGACGGAACAGUGGUUUGAUAGGAAAUGCGGCAACACAAGCAUAUGCGAGAAACAGCUACCCCCUCGCGUCUGCCUUCGGCCGCUUGCCUCCAUACCAGUGCUUUUUACGAUCGUCUGCUCACUAAUUCUCGGUCACUGGGUGUGGGGCGCACCUACGAUGGGGCUGAUGGGUCUAUGUUUUAUGUUUCUAAUUUAUGUAUUAUUGCAAGCGCUCAUCUCUUAAGCAUUUGUGGUUAAUAUAAAAAUGAUAUACGACUUUAGUAUAAAACUAA